CUCUUAUUUCCUUUUCAGAAAGAUAGAUACUACAAAAAUACAAAAUUUUAACUCAUCCUUAAAAUUAAAACCACAAACGAAUACAAAGCACACAUGAUUACCACAGCAAGAACAACAAAACCACGUUACAAAACAAAACCCAGCUAAAAAGCAUCCAACUCAAUCAUCAAAAUAAUCAAUUCUUUUCUUCUCUCUUCAGUUCUCUCUUCCCUCAGCACAAACAUCCCAUAGCCACUGCUUAACCACGAAGAAACCAAGACAACAAAACACACUUUCCCCCCUGUUCUGCUCUGUUCUGUCCUGUUCUUUCCACGCUGUUCUUCACCGUUUCAACAAAAACAUGAUCCACCCCAUUUCAUGUUUCCUCUUCCUACCCUCAAAUUCUCCAUAAAGUUCAUCUCUUUUCAAUCCAUUCUCAACUGGGUCACUCACAAUUCCAAAGGGUGUCACAUCGUUAGAUCUCAAAUUCUUCAGCUCCAAUGGCGUCGUGCCCCGCGAAUUCCUUCAACUUCAACACCACCCUCUGCGCGUGCACCCCCGGUCACGUGCUACAGCACGUGAGGAACACGUGCGUGCUCUACGAGGGGAAUUCCACAAUCCUCACCGAUUCUGGCGUUGACUACUACGCGCUGAGCUUCCCCGAGACGCUCUUCGCGUUCGACACCAUCAAGAAGUUCACGCAGUCGCAGGCGGUGUUCUUGGAAGUCACGCUCGUGAUGCUUCUCUCGUGGCUUCUGUUCUGCGUGUUUCUGAGGUGCACGAAGCUGGGUGAUGGGAGGAAUGUUUGGUUCAAGAUCAGGUGGUGGAUCAGUAGGUUGGAUAUUUGCUUUGCCACAAGGCACUGGCUGGAUGAUCAGAAAGUGGUCACUAAACGCAAAACAGAACUUGGUGGAGCUUUCUCCAUGGCAAGUUGGAUACUAUUUAUUGGUUUAUUUGCCGUGUUGCUGUACCAGAUCAUAUCAAAGAGAUCAAUUGAGGUGCACAAUGUCAGAGCAACAAAUGGACCGGAAUUAGCCUCUUUUAUCAAUGACAUGGAGUUCAAUAUAACAACUGUAUCUAGUAUGAGCUGUGCAAAUCUACGUAAUCUGGGUAAUAUAGUUACGGGGAAUCCUGGCUUCAUUGACCAAAGAGUUGUUCCUCUCUCGACUUUAGCAAACUACUCUUGUUACAACUCAAGCAUGGGACCAACUAUAGCACUCAAGUGUAAAAACUGCAAGGUCAUCUAUGAUCACAUGUACAUUUCAUGGCAGUUUGUUGAUCUCCCCAAUAGUCCUGCCAUUGCUGUUGGUUUUGAGUUUAGACUCACUUCAAUGGAUAUUGCUAAGAAACAUGUGAGUUUCGUUAGUGGAACACUAAAGAAUGGGAGUGAUUUUGAUGAUAGCCCGGUUACAUUCAGAGGGAAUCAAUCGAAUAUUGUGAAAUUCAAUUUGUUCCCUCGAAUAUAUCAUAAUUUACAUGAGCUAAAGCUCAUACAGCCUUUAUUUCACGAGUUCAUCCCAGGUUCAGUUUUGCGUGAUACUAAUGAGCUUCGAGCAUCCCUUGAAAGUUCUACUGAUGGACUAGUCAACACUACAUUGUUUAUCAAUUUUCUCUCUGAUUAUGUUGUGGAAAUUGAUAAACAGAAUAUUUUGGGUCCUGUGAGCUUCCUUGCGGACCUUGGUGGCUUGUAUUGUAUUAGCAUAGGCAUCUUUUUCUACCUGUUGAUACAGUGCGAGUAUAGGAUAAAGAAGCUCAGAAAUGAAGAUAGCAUUAUGCGCAGAAUUAGAAAUCGGCGUAAAGCUCAAGAACAUUGGGACAAACUGAGGAAAUAUGUAAUGUACACCUACGGCUGUCCUACAAUAGACAACAACUACAAUAGCACUGGAAAGGAAACAGAUUGUGGUGGAUGUAUGUUGCAUUCAGUUCGUGGUAGUGGUUCAUCACGUAAACGAAGGCUGAAAAGCAGAAAAGAUUCUAUAAGUUUGUACCAGAAACCUAGCUUACCUGAUAACAAGGUAAAGCUUUUCAUUAUUGAUCUCGCCUGCAUUUGGGAAGUUUAACACCAUUGUUAUUGUCAGCGAGCUGCAGGCCGCUUGGAUCCACAAAUGAUUCCAAAUUGAAUUCUGAGAAUAUGGCAAAGCAGCAGAAUGCUGUUUCAUGCUUGGAUUCCCCUCAGUCUCAAGAAUCUUCU